UUUGGUUCACGGAGGCCGGGUGUGUGGAGCGCCUGGAGUGGGCCUCUGGAUCUCGGCCAGGAGGUGAGGAACCUGGGGCCUUGAGAGAUGAAAUGAUGAGUUACCCAAGGCACACGGCUAAUUAAGUAACAGAGCUAGGAUUAGAACUCAGCUUUCCCACCUCCCAACAUUUCUCCUCAAGCACAGUGUCCAGUGCCUUUGCUAAGAUUCCUCUCCUUUCGGCUGGUGGACUCCUUUUCCUUCACAGUCGGCACAGGUUCACCUCCAGAAAUCUUCCUUUGAUCUGCCAGGCUUGGGCUGAAUUUCUGAUCGGGAUUGUUAAAAUGAGUCUGCGGAAGCAAACCCCCAGUGACUUCUUAAAGCAAAUCAUUGGACGACCAGUUGUGGUAAAAUUAAAUUCUGGAGUGGAUUAUCGAGGGGUCCUGGCUUGCCUGGAUGGCUACAUGAAUAUAGCCUUGGAGCAGACAGAAGAAUAUGUAAAUGGACAACUGAAGAAUAAAUACGGGGAUGCAUUUAUCCGAGGCAACAAUGUCUUGUAUAUAAGUACACAGAAGAGGAGGAUGUGAAGACACGAAGAGUUGUACACCAAGUACAAUACUUUUCAUUCAUACUUGGAUCUAUAUUUUAUGAAGUUUUUGGUUCUUUUGUGAUAUAAUUUGUCCUAUUUCAUAAUAGUUGGUGAUUUUUCACUGACAUGUGGGUAACAUAUAUGUAUAAAAUUGUGGAUUUAAUUAUAAAGAGUUCUUUCAUA